AAAGGAGUAAUGAAAGAAUUUCACUAUCACCAUGUCGCUGUACGACUCGUGAAGAUGAUAAAACGAGUCCUAAUAUACGCAGGAUUUGUUGAAUUGUAAAACAAAUAGAUGCGAUCUCUGCUGCCUCCAAGACUCCAGUGUCGCGAGAUGUUGCCACUGGCUAACGUGGCUAGCAGGAGCUAGCUCCGCCGUGGCUGCUUUAAAGGUGUAUACGUGAAGGCUUGUAGUUCUUUUGUCUCUAAAUACCUUCACUUCUAUGUAGAAACGUGUUUGAUUGUUAGCUUAAUUCUGGUAAGUUCUGACAGUCCCGAUGUUGGAGCUUUGCUCGGCUUAGGAUAGCCAGUGCAAGCUGAAAACAAUACUUUUACCAAACGUAGGCGUACUGUGCGCACUUGUUCUGAAUCAUUAACAAAACAUUACAUUAAUGGAAAAAUAGCUGUGAAAUUAUUCUUAUGGACUUGUCCUAAUAUUAAUUAUGCUCAGAGCCUCUGCUUUACUUUCCCAGUAUCGCGAGAGACGGUGAGAUUUUGGCGCUGUCUAACGUGGCUAGCAGCAGCUAGCUCCGCCAUGGCUGUUUUAGGUGUAAAAAGUGCUGAAGAUGAGAAGGGGCGCAGAUGGAGGAUGUGGUUCUUCACCUGCACGGACGGGCUGAAGGACUCCGUACUUGGUUAGAGACCACAGAGAAACUCCUGGAGCCGUUUACCUGCCGACCCCCUCCGGUCUUCACCCCUUGGUUCCCAGACACAGCAGCGGAGCGCCCCCCGCCCAUCCGACCCGCCAAACGUGCCCCUGUCCUCAGCGGUGGCUGUCACAGCCACAGCCAAGCGCACGGAAGCGGCGUCUGCGGUCCUGAUGGCCAAGAUGGCGUGGCUGUUUCCACAUCCUCACGCUGUUCCCUCCCGCCCCCGCAGGACACUGCUGCGCGCUCCCCUGACAAAAAGUGUGUCAAAUGCUCCUGGAGCGUAUUGACUUCGAGAGUCUCGCUUCAGCACUCGCCUUCAGUCUCCAAGCGCUUCCGUGGCGCCGUGUCCCUGCACGGCCUGCACCCCCGCCAGAGGUCGAAAUGGGUCAUCAGUCGGCACAACUGUGGACAGCGAGACAUAGAACAGGUGUGGCGAGCAGUGACCGUCGCCAUGCAGCGCUCCGGCUUGGCCACGUGCAACGCCAACAUCCAGCGUGAGUGCGCAGAGAUCUGGGUGUUCUGUGACGUGGCAUACGCGGAGCCGGUAGGCCGCCUCCUGAAGGAGCGCCUGGAGCUGUCAGGCUCCAUACGCCUGGUCGUCCACAAGCUGGGAAGCGUCUUCAGCUUGUAGCGCCACCUUUCCAACCCGGCAACACUGCAAGCUUUCAAAGCCAACGAAAAGAAAUGAAAGUCGAGUCUCCGGUCUCAUCAUGAAAUAUGUCAUUUUAUCGUGGAAGUAAAAGAUUUUAACUGA